GUUGAUCAAGUGAUGUUCAUUCUGUCAGUCGCAUAUCCAUCUUUCUGACAGGAAGUUUUCAACUGGUUCAAUUUCGUGCUAAAAGUUUCAUAAUUCCCAAAGGAUUUGGGUGAAUGGCGAACAUGGGACGAUCUGAAAGGUUCUUACGGUGAAAUCCAACUGUCAAUCUCGUAGUUGUACUCGUCAUUUGCCAGAAUGCCACAUCGUUUGGUUAUGACAAUGUUUACGUUUUGGAUUGUCGUCCGAACCAGUGCCUUUUCAGUACAAAACCUCGAAAACACUAGCGACUUGACAAUUGAUAGAAUGGAAACAGUUGUGCAUGCGGCUAACCGAGCUUUUCCAUCGGUGGUAGAUAUUUACCCGGAAAUCGGAACUGAUCUAACCCAAGUGACCUGGGCCCAUGGAGUAGACACGAGAAAGAAACUCGAACGGGCCUUAAGGGGUAGCGUGAUGAUGAUAGAAGCCGACGUUUCUCUUGGCAAGUUGAAGGGCGAUCCUCAUUCCCCAAACAGACCAAUUAUGGCACAUCCACCAGUAACUGCUAGUGAUUUGACUCUGGAAACUUUUUUAGACAUGGUCCUCGACGAAUCCCAAUACAAAGGAAUUAAAUUAGAUUUCAAGAGUAACGACGUACUGGAACGAGCUCUCCAAAUAAUCAAAAGUAGAGAAAAUAGGAUUCGCGUUCCGCUUUGGCUAAAUGCAGACAUCAUUCAGGGACCAGUGAACGCUAUGUCAGAACCUUUAAAUGCGGAUAUGUUUUUGAGCCUCACGAAAUCCUACUUUCCAACCGCAGUCAUUAGCGUUGGAUGGACAACGAAAGUGGGGAAAGACGGUUCUUACACGUUCGACCAUGUUCGCAAAAUGAGAGAUGUCUUAACAGCCAAUCAAAUAACCGCUCCUGUAACCUUUCCGGUUCGUGCUGCCCUAGCAACAACUUUGGAAUCUCGGGAAAAUAUCUUAUGGCUCCUUAAUCAAAUACCAGGAAGUACGAUCACAAUUUGGAAUUCUUUUGGCGAUGAAGUAGAUGUGCCUGCGCUACUGGAUUUCAUAAACACGAUUGGCAAAGAGUUUAUCUACAUCGAUGUUCAACGCGGUUUGCGUUGUCAGAUCUCGCGCUACAGGGCAUUCAGGUCUGCAUCAUCUUGGUUGCUCAACACUUUAGCGAUCGCACGAACUGGUAAAUUUUCAGCUGGUGCAGGUUUUUUAGCCCUGAUCACGUACGUGACGUGCAUGACUUCUUUCUUCCCAUGGAACGCGGAUUCGUACACUAGCCAAUAAAUUGUGGUCCAUACCAAAUGAAAUUCGCAAACAGCGUAGUACAUACAAUAAGACAAAAUAUUUAUUUCAAUAUUGAAACAUUAUCUAAAUUUCCAAUUGUGUGCUGAAAGAUUAUGACGCAUUUGACGAGCGCUCAUUGCAACAUAUCCGUGCUGUUCUCCUGAUGCUAAGAACGCUUUAAAUAUACAUUGCAUCUAAAAACGUUAUGUCCUCCCCUUUAUAAUACAUUGUUGUGUAACAUUAAGCACGUAAUUAUAUGUAACUUAUUUAGUUGUAGCCUGAAGGACUUUGCGGGCUGAGGCCGUUAUAAACAAUUAUUGUUUCCCCAAUCUGUUUUUAAAAAAUGCGUAUUGUAUGGUGAUGUUUAUACGCUGUUUUCUACAUUUCUGAGUACGUUGUGGCAUUAACUUUCAUUGUUAUGUUAGCCCUAGGUUUGGAAUUUUUAUUUAAGUAUAUGGACUCCAUUGCCUACCGAUAAAGUGACCACGAACUUGAUUCGCUGAGGGCUGAAGGAUGGCCCCCUGGCCAUCAAACAAGCCGCUUUCACUCUCUCUUUCUCUUUUGACCAACCGACUAGCUUCGAACCAAAUUCUACUCAUGCUCAAUCGUCAGAGUAAGGAAAGUGUUUUCUUUCGUUCUGUAUUUUUCUACAUUUUGUUGAAUACCUACCGUAAUAGAUAGAAAGUGUUCAGUCGA